CGUAUUCUACCGCCCAGCCAUGCCUAAGAAAGGGAAAAGGGGCAAGGUGCCCCUGUCCGACGAGGAGCAGCUGCUUCUGUUUCAGCAGAAGUUGCUGGCCGAGGAGGAGAUGGCCAAGAAGAAGGAGAAGCUUCUCAGCCAGUUCUUGAAGGACAAGCUGGCCAAGGAGGAGCACAACAGUGCUUUGAACCUUAAUAAGAUAAACACACAUUGGAGAACUGUCCUUCGGGAAGUCAAGACCAAAGAACUUCAUAAGGACAUUGAGGUCCUCAGCCAAACAUUUGAACGAGUGGUAGACUGCAAGGACAGUGUCAUCAAGUCUUUAGCUAAGGAUCUGUCAGAAGCUGAGGAGCAGUAUGCCCACGCCCUACGCAGCCAUUUGCACAACAUUGACCAGCUAUUGGCCCUGCAGAGGCAUCGGCUCAACCUCCUGGAGGAGAGUUAUAACAUGGAACUGGAGACCCUAACCAAGGAGUUUGAGACAGAAAGGAAAGCAAUUAUUGACCAACAUGAGAAAGAGAUUCACUACCUACAAGAUGUCUUUAUGGCCAUGGAACAGAACUAUAUAGACUCUGAUUAUGAAAGCAAGUUGGAGUUCCAGAGUAUGUGGGAUGAUCUCAAAAACAAGAAUUUAGAAGAUAAACACUUUCUACGAUUACAACUGGAGAACAUAGUGGAAGAUCUGUGGAAACGAUUCCAGGAGGCACUCAAGAACUACACGGAUGCCACAGAGGAUCGGAAGAUUGCCUUUGAGACCCUGAAAGUGAAAGAUGAGAAAAGCUCCAAAGAGAUUGAAGAACAGAUGAAGAAAAUACAGAAACUACAGGAGGCCAUUACUAUCUCAAGAGGCAAGAUUGCAGUCCACACCCGUGAGAGUGAAGAGAAAAACCAGAUUGUCCGUAAUGACAAGGAGUUGAUCCUUAUGCAACUGAGAAAACUGAAGGCCCAAAGGACUCAGGCCCGGGAACUAUCCCAGGAGAACUUAGUCAAACUUGCCUUGGAAAGUAAUGCCACGCUCAAAGCCCUGCGAAAGGUUGUGGACAAGGGUGAAAAGAUCCUUAAACUUGGUGAAAUCUGUAGGAAAUUUGAAAGUGAAGAAGAGAAAAUAUUGCCUUUCUAUUCAUCACUGUUGACCCCUAGGGAUAUGGAGGACAUACAGUUUCAGUUCCUGGAACAGCUUUCUCACGAGGAGGAACUGGCAACGGUGAUGAAGGACUACGAAGGGAUGGAGAACUUCUGGAAAAGAUAUAAUAAGGUGAAACUGGAGCUAAUGAGCCUCAAACACCGACGAAACCAGCUGCUAGCUAUCAGCGAGAAGUUACGGGAGAUGCUGAAGCAGUACUUGGAUGGCAUCACAGUGAGUGAUGAAGUGCUGAGCCAGAUCAACCCCCUCUUCAUAGUCAACAAUCGAAGCAACUUACCCCAGCCCUUGUCCACACCUGCAACCCACGCAAAUAACAAACGACCUUCAACUUCUUACAACGUCAUUGAAGCAGCCCAUGUGAUCUCCCACACCCUGUGA